AGGCGCAUUGUUUAGUUUCAAUGUGGAGGUAGCAAGGCGGUCUUUGAGCAUCUGCCACCCCUGAAAAAUGUAGGCCAUUAUCCUUAAAUACAGUUUGAUUGGGUUUGCCAACAUCUUCAUUGCAUUACUGAAAUAUCGCAUCGUGUAAUCUCAAACAUGUUUUAAUGCAAGGGACAUCAUUAAAGCGGAUGCCAGAUUGUGCACAGCAGCAGUGAUACAGCAUAUUUAGAGUGAACAGCAUCCGCACAGGGAGCAGGACAAAAUGGCUGAUAAGAGUGACUUAAAAGCUGAACUUGAGCGCAAAAAACAGCGCCUUGCUCAAAUCAGAGAAGAAAAAAAGAGAAAGGAGGAAGAAAAAAAGAAAAAAGAGACAGAGACCCAACAGAAUGCAGAAACUGCCACUGAGGACUCGGAUUUGGACCGUAAACGCAGGGAGACGGAGGCCCUUCUCCAGAGUAUUGGAAUCUCACCCGAACCUCCAUUAGUCCCAACACUAAUGUCCCCAUCAAAGUCUAUGAGCACACCCAGCGAGACAGGCAGCCAGGACUCGGUGGAUGGCGCAACUGCUGGCAGGACCCUGCAGUGGGACACUGACCCCUCUGUUCUCCAGCUGCAGGCAGACUCUGAGCUCGGGCACCGAACACACAGGUUGGGGCCAUCUAAGAUAACUCAGGUGGACUUCCUGCCCAGAGAAGUGGUCUCCUACAGUAAAGCGACUCAGACACCUUUAGCAGCCCAUCAGUCUGAAGAAGAUGAAGAAGAGGAUGAGGAGGUCACAGAGCUGAAAGCUGGCCCAGAGACUGAUCAACAGGAAGAGGAGGAAACCAUCGACACCAAGGAAGGCCACCCGCGGGAGCUGACGGAGGAGGAGAAACAGCAGGUUCUGCACUCGGAGGAGUUCCUCAUCUUUUUUGAUCGCAGUAUUCGUGUGAUGGAGAGAGCAUUAGCUGAGGACUCCAACAUCUUUUUUGACUACAGUGGACAAGAUCUGGAAGAUAAAGAGGGAGAUCUGCAGGGUGGCUCCAGUCUCUCCCUCAAUCGUCUGUUCUAUGAUGAGCGGUGGUCAAAGCAUCGGGUCAUCACGUGUCUGGACUGGUCCCCCCAGUAUCCAGAGCUCUUGGUGGCCUCCUACAACAACAAUGAAGAUGCCCCUCAUGAGCCAGAUGGUGUGGCUUUGGUGUGGAACAUGAAAUUCAAGAAGACCACGCCAGAGUACAUCUACCACUGCCAGUCUCCAGUUGUGUCUGUGGGUUUUGCUCGGUUUCAUCCUAACCUGUUGGUGGGUGGCACAUACUCUGGGCAGAUUGUUCUCUGGGACAACAGAAGCCACAGGAGAACACCAGUCCAAAGGACCCCUCUGUCUGCUGCUGCACACACACACCCUGUGUACUGCGUAAAUUUGGUCGGCACCCAGAACGCCAACAACUUGAUCACUGUGUCCACAGAUGGCAGGAUGUGUUCCUGGAGUUUGGAUAUGCUGUCACAGCCUCAGGAGAGCAUGGAGCUGGUGUAUAACAAGUCUAAGCCAGUGGCCGUGACUGGGAUGGCCUUUCCUACUGGAGACGUCAAUAAUUAUAUAGUUGGCAGUGAGGAAGGAACGGUGUACACAGCAUCCAGACAUGGCAGUAAAGCUGGGAUCGGUGAAAUUUUUGAGGGACACCAGGGGCCAGUGACAGGCAUCAGUUGUCACAGUGCUGUUGGCCCCGUCGACUUUUCCCACCUGUUUGUCACCUCAUCCUUCGACUGGACAGUAAAGUUGUGGAGCACAAAGCAAAACAAGCCGCUCUACUCCUUUGAGGACAAUGCAGACUAUGUCUACGAUGUGAUGUGGUCACCUGUGCACCCCUCGCUCUUCGCAUCCGUGGACGGCAUGGGUCGUCUGGAUCUGUGGAACCUGAACAAUGACACUGAGGUGCCCACCUCUAGUGUGACUAUAGAGGGAGCCCCCGCUCUAAACCGUGUCAGGUGGGCCGCUGGGGGCAAGGAGGUCGCCGUAGGAGACUCAGAGGGGCGUGUUUGGAUAUAUGACGUUGGAGAGCUGGCCAUGCCCCAUAGUGAGGACUGGGCCCGCUUCGCCCGCACGCUGAUGGAGAUCCGCGCCAACCGGGGUGAUAAUGAGGAGGAGGGACCUGUGGAGCUGGCAGGAUAAAAAUUGAUCCAGGAUCUGUUCCUCCCAAACCCAGAUUGAGCCUGAUGUCUUGCACCCUAUUAGCUGGCAUGUCCACUUGUACUGUGCUGUAUAUUCCGAAUUAAAGGAAAAUUAAAAGCUUCACAUUUCUGUUUAAACCCUCCAAAAAUUGGCCACAUUCACUUUCAUUGUCCCCAUUCACUUCCAUUUUAAGUGCCCCACUUUAUCCUCGAUUUUUGCUUUUUUGAAAGAAAAGUCAAAUUUUUGUGUUAAUCAACAUUAUGCGGUCGAUUGAGCUUAACUUGUAUUUAACCCGGAACAUUCCUUAAAUGUUCUGUUACUCACUAUUUUGUUACAUUGGCAUAAAAUUUUGUUCAGUUACAGUCAGUACAUUUACAUGCACUUUUCAGUCAGACUAAAACAAUAAUUGUUCUUUUUAAAAUGUCAUGUAAACGCUGUAGUAUACGACCGAAAUCGUACCAGUCUGAUUUUUGCAAUGUCGGAGUAACAUACCUAUAUUGAGAUUGUAGCUCGGCUUCGUCCAACAUGUACAUAUUAAUCGGAUCACGAUUGGUCUCGGCAUUGGCGCAAGACAUGUAUUUAAAGAAAAAUCCUGGAUUCAUUACAAGUUAAUCUCAAUUGACAGCAUUCAUGGAAUACAGUAUAAUGUUGAUUACCACAAAAAUUUGUUUCGACUUGUCCCUCCUUUAAAAAAAAGAAGCAAAAAUCGAGUUUACAGUGAGGCACUUACAAUGGAAGUGAAUGGGGCAAUCUGUAAACGUGAAAAUACUCACUGUUUCAAAAGUAUAGCCACAAGACAUAACAUGAUAAAAUUGCUUACUAACCUUUUUUGUGUAAAGUUAUAUCCAAUUUUACAACUUUGUUGCCAUAACGGCAUAACACUGUAAACCUUGUAAUCCUGCAUAAACAAUGAUUUAAACAAGUUUACAUCUUAAAUAACACACAAGUUUUAACAGAAGAAUUAAUGCGUGCUUUUAUAAAAUGAUACACUUCACAUUUAUGCCUUUAAACUCUCCAAAAAAUUGGUCCCAUUCACUUCCAUUGUAAGUGCCUCACUGUACUGAAACUCGUUUUUUUUCUUUUUUUUCUUUUCUUUUUUUUAAAGAAAAAUGAGGGACAAGUCGAAAGUAAUUUUUGUGAUAAAGUUAUGGCACAAAUUUUGUUGAUUGAACCCAGAAUAUUCCUUUAAUUCAGCUGACGUCCUUCUAAUAUUCGAUUACACAUUGGUCUUCUAUAUUUGGACAAAAAGAUGAAGACUAUAGCUCGAUUAUACUUUAACUGCGCAUGUAAACGUACUACUUGAGCUUUAUAUACAGUUUGGUUGUUCAAGAGUUUUGUGUAAUUCAUGUUCUGUCUCAUUACUGUGAUGGCAAUUAAUGGUAAAUUAUGGCUUCUAGAACUGGGAAAAUGUGAAUUUGAAGUCGCAAUGGUAACCUGCUGCUAGGAAAGCAUUGGUUGAUGGUGUGAUGUUUGCUAUACUUGAACUGUGUGUAUAUUUUUGUACUGAGCCUCCUGCAUGAAAUAUUUACAAAUUAAGUCGUCUGACAGUUGGUAAAUAUGACUCUUGUCAGUGUUACAGUGAUUCAGCUACAGAUUAAUGUUUCACACAUUGGCAAACAGUUACAAUGUGCUUAUCAAAAGAUGUUUAACAUUAUAGAAGUAAUGUAAUAAAAAACUUUAAGUGA